CAUUCAUGCCCUUCAUAUCACAUAAUACACAAACUCUUGACCUUUGUCUAAUAACGAUCCAGGGGUGAGCAUAUAUUAAAACUUUCUGAUUACAUGGCUGAUAAGUUUCGAGCAACGUCAGCAAUUUGCGGUAGCGGAGGCGGUACGUGGUGGAACUCGCCGAGAAGCGUUAUGUCUCCUUCGGAUCCUUUCUUGUCGCCUUGUUUCGGAGCUGCAAUCAACACUUCCGAUGAUUUUGGCUCUGGAGAAAAUAAUAUCAAAUCUAGGAUUACUUGUACCGACAACAACAUCGUUUUUGGGCAGCGAGAGGCGGAUUCCGACAGUGGAGGUAGCACCGUGACGAUUGACUCGACGAUGCAAAUGAUGGGUCUAGGGUUUUCCUCGAACUCUUCUUCAGAUUGGAACCAAAAUAUUGUACAAGAAGACUUAAACUCAAGCUUUAUAAGGAGCUCACAAGAUCAAGAUCAUGGCCAAGGAUUCCUAUCCACAACUACUUCACCUUAUCUUCUUAAUCAAGCUUGUUCUUCAUUUUCAUCAACUUCUUCUUCCUCAACCUUUUUACGAACUUUUUCUGAUCCCGAACAUAACCCGUACAGCUUCGUUUCCACCACUACCUGCUCAUUCAACGAUCCUCAGGUCUCAUGGGCUAAUGCUAUGACAAAUCUUAAUCAUCAAGCUGCUUAUGGACAAAUUAACACCUUCUCUAACAACACAAACUCUCGACCCUUUUGGAAUUCUUCAUCAACAACUAACUUACAUAACACAAUGCAGAACAGUUUUCUAACCACUCCGCAGAUAAUAUCUAGUCGUGUUGAGGAUAAAACCAAGAAGACAAGAGGCCAGAGCGAAUCCUUGAAGAGAGCAAAGUAUAAUGAACCUCCGUCGAAGAAACAGAGGGUUACCACGCCUUCACCGUUGCCAACUUUUAAGGUGAGAAAAGAGAAUCUAAGGGACCAGAUUACUUCAUUGCAACAGCUAGUUUCACCUUUCGGAAAGACUGAUACUGCAUCGGUUCUCCAAGAAGCUAUAGAGUACAUCAAGUUCCUUCACGAUCAAGUCACUGUUCUAAGUACUCCAUACAUGAAACAAGCUGCUUCGAUCCAACAACAACUGCAGGAAGGAAACGAGAAUCAAGAACUAAGAGCACAUGGUCUAUGUCUCGUCCCGAUAUCAAGCACUUUUCCAGUGGCUAAUGAAACAACCGCCGAUUUUUGGACACCGACGUUUGGGGGCAACAAUUUCAGGUGAAUAAAGAGAGAGGAUUGUGGUAGACGGGUAGUCAAGACGGAAGGGAACAUAUGCUAAAUUCAGUUUGCAGACUCUAAAGCAUGGAAUAAGUGAAAUGUAUUUUCUUCUUCUUUUCUUGUCCUUUAAUUUAAUGUUUCGAGGGAGUUUUAUUGCUGAAUUUAGCAGAUAAGGGUUGGUUUUAUGUCGAAGAACCUUUUGUUCCCAUCCUUGUUCUUGAAUUUAUAUAUACGUAUUAAAGAGGAAGCUCUUAGUUUGUUUCUGAUUUGUAUGUGUAUAAACUGAUGUUUUGUUCCGCAAGCGAAUUUCCAUGGUGAAAAAAUAGCAAU